AUGGCCUCAAAUACCCGACUAAAGCUGGGCCCAGUGUACCUAAUUGCUAUUCAAGUGGUCUCUCGUGGCCUCACAUUUUUAGCAAAUCAGGUUCUCUUGCGGCAUAUCACCCCAUAUGCCCUAGGCCUUGCUUCACAGCUGGAGUUAUAUUCAAUUACAGUUCUGUUUUUCUCAAGAGAGAGCAUCAGGCUGGCAGCACAGCGUCAACCUACACAGGCCACUAUAGCUGAUGAUACUGAUACAGCGGGUAAGCACUUGGGAGGGAAUCCUAAAAACCGAAAAAAUGAUGGAAGCCAGGCGGUUGUGAACGUUUCGUACAUCCCAAUAAUUCUAGGAAUUCCAAUGGCAUACGCCUUUGGCUUACUUUAUCUGAAUCUGGGUCAACGCGGCCAGGCGCUGGGCCGCAUGGAGAAAAUGAGCUUCUUGGUAGUUCAAUUGGCCACUAUUUUGGAACUUCUUUCCGAGCCUCUCUUCGCUGUGAUUCAACAGAGAAUGCUUUACAGCACAAGAGCCAAGGUGGAGAUGAUAUCUUCUGUGGCAAGGGCUCUAUUCAGCUGCACUUCAGUACUAAUUACAAACCGAUAUUAUGGGAAUACAGGCGUCCUACCUAUAGCGCUUGGCCAACUCGGAUACGCUAUUUUUCUCUUCAGCGGAUAUUUUGUUGCCGCUAAGCCAAUAGCACGGAAAUUCAGCUUUAAUCUAUACCCCGUUCGCAUCAACUACACACACACCAAUUUCAUCUCUUCGUUUAUUCCACAACACUUAGUAACAUUGAGUAUGAAUUUAUAUUUCCAAUCGGUUGCAAAACAUAUCCUGACGCAGAGCGAUUCUGUCAUCCUCGCUUCAUUGUCAAGUCUCGAAAUUCAGGGGCAGUACGCCUUAGCCUCGAAUUAUGGAGGUCUAAUUGCUCGGAUGGUAUUCCAACCAAUUGAGGAGUACAGUCGCAAUCUUUUCAGCAAGCUAUUGGGUAUAAGAGAAAAUGGACGCACUAUCGACAAAUCAGUCACGGAUGUGAAAUCACACUUUAUCAACAUCCUCCGUGGAUACAGCAUUCUUUGCGUUGUAGUUGGCGCUGUUGGCCCUACUGCCGUUCCUCUUGCAAUCAAGCUGGUUAUCGGCUCACAUUGGCACUCUCCCGAGACUCAGCAAGUCUUAUCUUCAUAUUGCUACUAUGUUCCUUUUCUGGCAGUUAACGGUAUUACCGAAGCAUUCGUCUCCGCCGCAGCCACACCCUCCGAACUACAGUUACAGACCAAGUGGAUGGGAAUUUUAUCUGCAUUUUUUGUUGUAGCUGCAUAUGUGUUUCUAAGAAUCACUCAAUCAGGAGUUUAUGGGCUUUUAUGGGCUAACCUUGUUAACAUGGCAGCCCGUAUAAUCUGGAGCAGCCUCUUUAUCCAGGGGUUUUUUGAAAGACAUGGUAAUAAACUUCAUGUCAGGGAAACGUUACCUGGUGUAGGGGUCUGCCUUGCAGGGAGUAUUGGCUGGUUAUCCUUGAGAUACACAAGCGUUUUUAGAGACCUAGAUAUGGUAAACCUAUUCAGAGUCGCAACAACUGGACUAUGCGUUGGCUGUACAAUAAAGGAGUUAUUUACGGCAGCUUAUAAAUCAAGUAAGAUUAUGAGAGGCUUGCUAUAA